GCGAGACGCGGGAGCACUCAUGCCCAGGAAGAAGAGGACGAGGAGGUGGAGGAGACUCAGGAAGAAUUCCAGGAGCUCGAGAGACGGGCGAGUGCCGGCACAGCGACUGAGGCGGCACCUCUGCGUGUGGUGAUCCGUCCUGUGGCCGAAGAUGACGAAGAUGACGCUGGAGAAGAGUACGAAGACGAGGAUGAUGACGAUGAGAAACCACUCGACGAGGAAGAGCUUGAGGCAGCCGCGACGGCGCUGCAAACAGCCACACGCAUCGUCGAAGAGCUGCGCCUUAAGAUGCUGCUCAAGGCGGGUCAGCAGAUGGAACGGCAGCGACAGGACAAUAGUGAACCUCCUAUCAUAGUGGAGGAUACCCCUUCAUCAACCGGAGGACCCGGUGUGCCAGUGCCACAUGCACAAGUGCGCUCCAACUCUACAUGCAGCGGCUGUGGCAAGUCGUUUAACCCGUUCCAUCGCAGUAAGAACUGUGCGGCGUGUGGGUUUGCGUUUUGUCCCAAAUGUUCGUCCAAGAAUUUCGUGCUACCGACCUGCUUUGGAUAUCGCGAUGAGUCGGUACGUACGUGUGACCUAUGUGCAAAGUGGUUCCAGAAAGCAAUGGACCGCUACUUCGAUGCUAUGGAACUGGCAAAAGAACAAGAGCAAGAGUCUUCAAUCCAUCGUGGUAGCAUGGGAGAAAUCACGAUAGAGGAGAAACCCCGCUCAUUGUCCAGUUUCAACAGCGUUCCGGUGUCUACACCAAGCACGAACGAUGGAAUACUGUCAGUGAUAACGCGACGCUCGUCUGUUUCGUCUCUUGAUCCGGCUCCUAGCUGUCCCAGUGACGACGUGGCGGAUGAAAGUGUCGAAAAUGAAGACCAGAUCACUCCAUCAACCUCCACGUCCUCAACUUCUAGACGUCGGCAUCGACGUUCAUCGAUAGCGUCAGCUCCGUCCCCGUCGAUAAACAAGAACAAACCAUGGUUCAGUGGCCACUUGCGCGCGAUGCAUGUGAAUGAUCGACUACCACGCAAGAAGAAGACAAGAGGAGAGAGCGAAGGUGGAGAGACUGAAAACAACAGCCCAGAGCUGCGAUCGCGAAGGAGUCGAUUGAGUAGUGUGGCGUCGUCUAAGAGUAGACACACCAAUGAGGAUGCAGACGAGAAACAGCACGAGAAUUCAGCGGGAAGUAGUCCGAUAGAUAUCCAAGACGGAGAAGAUGCCUCAAAAAGCUCAGGUACUGGACGUGGGUCGUCAUUGACGAUAUCUGUGAAGCCUGCCAAUGACUCAGAUGAUUCCAACCGUCCUAGAAGGAAAACUCGACGCUCCAAGUUCUCCAGAUCGGCUAGUUUUGAUCUAGCGAACCUACAGUCAAGUGUAUCACCUGACUCAUCGCCAGAAAUGAGGCGCUGCAAUACGUUUGGCCCAGAUGACGGGAGAAAACUUGCGUCGGACGUCGUAAGCAGUGGUGGUAGUGAUCGCUCGAACAGCAUGCUCUCACUAAAGGCGUUUGAUGACAGCGAUAUCGUGGAUGAGCGUGCACAGCUCGAUUCAGCAGAUGUGAAGAUGAAAAGUGAAGCAAAACUAGCUGCAGCUGUGUUGCGCUUCGCUGUGUACGAGAUGGGUGGGAAAGAAGGCGCUGGAUUACGUCGUACGUUUGGAUUUACUAAGGCGAACCCAGUGCUGGAUCGGUAUACGUUGGAGCUUGAUUGUCGCCAGCGAAUCGUACGAGCCAAGUCUGUGUUCAUGCAUCGCUUCUGGUCAUUCCAUUGUGACUCGGUCCAGUCAUUCGUGUCUGGCUCCUCGGAUGGAAUGGCAAGGCUUGUUGUAUUCAAUGGCGGACAGGGCAAUCAAACGCUAGAGCUAAAAUUUGCAAAUGAUGACGAACGCGAGCAGUUCAGGCAGGCCAUGGAUAGCUGCCGAUCAACCAACUUGGAUAGGAUGCGCAAAUUUGCUUCACGGACUGCUAUGUCACUUCCUGCGCGACCUGAACUUCCAGCAUCUCCCGUACUGGAGAAUUUCCGCUCACCGGUACCACUAGAGCCGAGUACUACCUACUCAGCAGACACAUCCACGUCGAUCGAGUCAGAAUUGGGCCUCACUCAUGAUACUGGUUGCAGCAUUUCUGCCGAUUCUGCAGUCGUACAGUCGAUUCACGUGCCGCUAUUACCUGGGGAAGUGGUGGUGAAAGACACGGAGCUCCAAGCGACAUUGCUCAUCGGCCCCGUUAGUGAAACUUACGAGUCCACACUUGUAUGGGGCAGAAUUCGCGGCAAAAUCGCCGUGACGAAUUACAGAGUGAUCUUCACGCCGUUCGAACGAGUGCAAGUGCAGGCGCGAUGUGGUGGACAAGGUGGUAUUGCGUACAUCCCGCUGUUUGCUAUUACACACGUUCAACUCCUUUAUCCUGGUGGCCGCCGACCAAAAUCUGGACGCACAUAUUACGCAGGAAUGGCAGGGUCAGCGUCGAUUAUUUCAAUCAACUGCAAAGACGUCCGCGUGAUGAGAUUCCAGCUGGACAGCCAUGCUUCCGUUUCAGACGAUCAUGCCCAUAAACUACGUGCAACAAUUGCAAAACUGGCUGAUGCAUCGCAGCGGUACACCGUUGUCGAACGGGGAAGUCCAAUGCGAACAUCACCUGGACUUGGUCCACUGUCGAGCUCAGCUAGUGACAGUGACACAUUACCAGAUAGAGAGGGAGACAAUUCCUUGCAUGAAAGCAAGGAACCCUUUUUCCAGAACUCCUCACGGACCCCAGCGUAUGCUGCAUCACCAGUUCUACGUCCAGAUCGGAUGCUGACGCUUCCUCGCGAGAUAAGCGGGUCUUUUGCGUUCUCGUAUUCGAUCAGCAAUGUCCCUCCCGAUCAAAAUGGCUGGAAUUUGUUCGUCGACGAGCGCGAGUUCAAGCGACAAAUUGGCGGCGACCCUGCCGUUUCCCCAUUCCUAAAGGUACGGUAA